UGAAUGUUAAAUAUAAAUUAAUAAUAAAAUCGAAAUUUGUUUCACCGAAUUGCAAAAUGCUGAAAAAACAUCUACCUUGAGGUCAGAGUUCAAAAUUAUAUAAGUACUUAAGGUGCAGUAACGAUGCUCAGUGCACAUGGAGGCUCCUGAAGGCUUGAUUGUGCUUGCAUCAUGUUCCCCUCAUGCAAAAGUUCAAGGUUGCACAAAAUUGUUUGUCUUUGAAGUUUCCUUUUUGAUGAGCUGAAUUUGUUUGCCUCGUGACAUUUUGCCACAGCUCAGUGGAAUGCAAAUUUUCUUUCAUGAAACUUGCCUGCACCUGACCUGUUUCUGCAGAGCUGAUUUUGUUAACAUACUUUUUGUAGUGGAGUCAAGGUGUAUAAUGUGUCACUAAGCUGUUCUUUCCGAUUUGUAGCUAAAAGCUGCAGUUGCACAGUGGCACCCUGUACAUGUGUCACAAAGCUUUAAGAUGAGACAACAAUGUGUUAAAAUAUUCUAAAGAAAGGAGCACGGUCAAUUUUCAUCACUAACGUUUGAUAGAUUUAUGCAGUUACCCCAAUAAGUCAAGCUGUCCCAUCUGGCUUUGUGCAAUUGAUGACUGUUUUAGGCACUGUAAAACUACCUUCUGAUAUCCACUGUUAGGCAACAAAUUCCCUACCAGAGGAGUAAUAUAUUAAGGCACUGGACUUCUAAGAGCAGUAUUUUUUAAUAAUGUGGUGGCAUUUCUAUUGCUAGAAUAAGCGAUAAGGUGUGAGAAAAUGAGGACGAAGGAACACACAUUGACAGGUCAGGCACCAACAACCAACUGAUUUCUUUCCUUUAAGAAGACGAGCAUGCUGCUGUUAGUGCUACAUGUAGUAUUGAGGAUUGUUAUCAAUAAUGCUUGUCUCCUUCUAAGGAUAAAAUAAGUUGGUAGUUGGCACCAGUCCCGUCAAUGUGUGUUCCUUUAUCGUCUUUUUUUUUUGUGCUAUAAUAUUUCUACCAGUAUUUCUGGCCAACUAGCUCAUGCAAAAGCUCUGCAACAAGUUAUUGUUGGAGCCAAUUAUCCCUGUGCUUAUUGUGCAGCAAAUCAUAAUUUAUGAGUGUACACUUGAAACCCAUAUUGCAAACACAAUUUACAAUGUUUAGGAAUUUUAUGAGCAAAUUUUUGUUCUCCUCCAGUAAGCCUUUGAAUUCAUUGGACUUCAAUGUCUUACAAAUUUAAUGCGAAAUAAAUCUUGCUGAAACCCAGUUUAAUUAUUAAGUUGAUGAAGGACAGACAGGUGGAAGGUAUGAAAGAAAGAAAUGGGGCAAAUGAUUUUUGUACAGAAGUGAAAAAGAUGAGUAAAUCCUAAAUGCAAUUCAAAACCUUAAAUAAUGAACGCAGUGCAGUGUAACAUCUGCAGGAAUUUGGCAAUAUGUAAUUGAAUGAACCCACCACAUCCAGCAUAUUUUGUUAUGAAUUCCGCAUGUCUAGUGUUUUGACUGCUGUGUGUGCAAUUUCUUCUUGACUCGGUGUAUAGUGUACAGUGUACAUUGGACUCCCAUAUUAUUGAGGCUCCUGUGAGGGGAGGGGGGAAUGAGAGAGAGAAAGAGCUUAAAAAAUAUAGGGGACCUUAAGUUCACAUUUAGGUAUAAGUUUUGUGAAUUGAAAACAUUGUGGAAAAUUAGCAUGCCUUUUCCUGAAAAUAAAUAUUUCACCUACUUGUGUACAUUCUUGUGUUUUUAUUUUCAUGAAAUCAAUGAUUUUAUGAAGAAACUUGAGGUUGUUAUGGGUUUUCUAAAACUAGGUUUCAGCAAUAAUACACAGGUGAGAUGCAAAACUCUAUCAGGUACAUCUGCUUUGCAUGCUAUGACUGUCACUUUUUUUUAAAUCUUGCCAAUUUAUGAAGUGCUGCAGUGUUAAAAUAAUUGAAGUUUGAACGUUUGCUAAAUACUGGCUUAAAUAAAUAUUACCAUGGCGUUCUUGGGGUUAGAGUGCUGUUAAAAUGGCUCGCUGGAUAGUACUCCCAAGGAAUGGCUGUAGACAUGUUCGCUACCUUUAAUUUACUAUGAAUUUUAGUUGAAGUACAUCUGUCCUAGUGGUUCUGUCAGUGCCAGGUAUGCUACCUUUUAAUUUUUGGCGAUACAUGUUUUGAGUUGUGGCUUACUUGCUUCAUAGUGUAGCGACCUUGAAUUUAAGUUUUCUAUUCUGACCAAGUGAAGUUGAGGGGGUGACCAGUUACUCAAGUCUAUGCAGAACUGGGGCUAUGAGCACCAUUUCUAUGCAGUGUUUCACAUGAUAGAGCAAGCUUAAAGACUGAAGAAUGGCAACUUUCCUCGUCGAUGGAAAGCAACACACUAGCUUGCAGUGGGCUUAAAAGCAGGCUUUUGUGACUGUUUCCUUGCUGCUUGGGAAUGCUGCUGCUCUGUGUGCUGAGGAGCUCCAGAGUCAUUGGCCAUGUGGUGCACUCGCAACUCGACUGUGCAGGGCUUUUAAUUACAGCUAGCUUGCAUUGUUUUGACUUGCCUGGGAACAGUGCGAGUCUGGGCACUGUAGUAGUGUUUGUGCUGAGGGGCAGGCGGUACGCUUGCAGCAUGGAGUGCCAGUACGUGGCCACCCAGCGGGGGGGCAUAGCGCUGCUGUACGAGGGGCACCGCUACAACAAGGUGCGCGACGGCAAGGAGGGCACGGUGUACUGGCGCUGCGCUCGGGACCGGCAGUGCCCCGGUCGGGCCGUCACCGUCUACAGCCGCAUCAAGAAGGCCAACAACAAGCACAACCACCCGCCGGACGCCUGGCGGAACAAGGUGGACCAGGUGGUGUCGGACUUGAAAUUGCGCGCCCAGGACGAUGCCACCACCCUGCCCACCCUGUUCACGGAGACGCUCAAGUACCUGGCCUCAAGCCACCAGGUGGCCGCCCUGGCCAUGCCCACCUUCCCCAGCUUCAAGGGCACCGUCUGCAAGCCCCGCCACCAGCUUGUGCCCUCCCUGCUCCAGCUGCGCGACUUCCGUCCAGAAGACAAUUGGCUAUACGCCAACACAGCGGAUGAGCCCUCCACCUCGGAACCACUAGACAUGGCGUUACGAAAUACGGGAACUUUGCUCAAACGCCUGCGAGCGCUUAUGAAAAAUACGACUUACGUCAGCGAAACGAUUCAGGCCUACAUAGUACCAUCUGGAGAUGCCCAUCAGAGUGAAUAUAUCGCACCUUGUGAUAAACGAAGAGCUUUUCUCACUGGAUUUAGUGGAAGUGCUGGAACAGCCAUUGUGACUGAGGAUCAUGCCGCACUCUGGACUGAUGGUCGAUACUUUCUGCAAGCAGAACAACAGUUGGACUCUAAUUGGAUUCUCAUGAAAGACGGUAUACCAGGCACACCAUCUCAAGGAGAGUGGCUUUGUAAGGUGCUGUCAACUGGUAGCAGAGUAGGUGUGGACCCAUUUCUCAUGCCUUAUGAUGCUUGGAAGCUGCUGAGCAACCAGUUGGAUGUGUCAGGCCAUUCCCUGGUGCCAGUGUCGCAGAAUCUAGUCGAUCUGAUUUGGGAGGAGCGGCCCUCGCCACCCAGCCGCCCUCUUGAUUCACUUUCCAUCAUCUACACUGGCAAGUUUUGGCAGGAGAAAAUUGCGGACAUCCGGCAAGACAUGAGCCAGAAGUCUGCUGCUGCACUAGUGAUCACAGCCUUGGAUGAAAUAGCAUGGCUUUUCAACCUCAGGGGUUCAGACAUCGAUUACAACCCUGUCUUUUUUGCCUAUGCUGUGAUCACCAUGGACUCUGCAUAUCUCUUUAUAGAUGAAAACAAGUUAAGUGCCACUCUCCAGCGUCACCUCUCGACAGACAGAAAUGAAAAGAACCUCACUGUUGACAUCAGACCAUACCGUGUGUUUAAAGACUUCCUUGCCCUGCUGAUCAACCAGCUGUCGGGCAAAUUUUGGGUCAGCAGUUGUUCGAGCUAUGCAGUUGUCAGCCAAGUUCCCAAGGAACGCAGAAUCGAGUCUACUACACCUGUGAUGCUUCGAAAGGCCAUCAAAAAUGAGACCGAGAUUGAAUGCAUGCGACGUGCCCACAUCAAAGAUGCUGUGGCACUGUGCGAGUUUUUUGUUUGGAUGGAGUCUGAGGUCCCAAAGGGAGAAGUCACUGAGAUGACAGCUGCUGCCAAGCUGGAACACUUCCGAAGGGAACAAGAAGACUACGUAGGACCAAGUUUCGAGACUAUCUCGGCAUCUGGCCCUAACGCGGCUAUCAUUCACUAUCGUCCUGAGGAAGAGUCUGACCGGCGGGUGACAACCGAGGAAAUUUAUCUGUGUGACUCAGGUGGCCAAUACAGGGAUGGCACAACAGAUGUGACCAGAACGUGGCACUUCGGCACACCUAGCCAGUAUGAGAAAGAGUGCUUCACUCGGGUUGUCAAGGGAAACAUAGCGCUUUCAUCUGCAAUCUUCCCACGCCUGGUGAAAGGGCAAAUGCUCGACACAUUGGCACGAAGGGCUCUCUGGGAAGUAGGCUUGGACUAUCUUCAUGGAACUGGCCAUGGGGUUGGUGCAUUUCUCAACGUGCACGAAGGGCCAAUGGGAAUAAGCUGGAUGCCACACCCAAAUGACCCUGGCCUUCAGGAGGGGAUGAUUCUCUCCAUCGAGCCUGGUUACUAUGAGGAUGGCCAGUUCGGAAUUCGUAUUGAGAACCUGGCUCUUGUUCGCAAGGCUGCAACAAAGUACAACUUCAAAGAUAGAGGAUUUCUGGCAUUUGAUUCGCUGACAUUGGUCCCUAUUCAAACAAAGAUGCUGAACCCUCUAAUGCUCACUGCCGAAGAGGUGGAGUGGCUUGACACAUACCACCAAGCCUGCCGGGAUGUCAUUGGCCGUGCUCUAGAAGAGCAGGGAAGAGACCUUGCUCUCCAGUGGCUGCUUCGAGAGACCCAGCCAUUGGGUUAAAAGAGGGACGUCUGGGAGCCUCUGUGUUCGGUAUCGUGCCAAAGGGGUAGUUUUGGAGACAGGGUUUAAGUUUCUCUCUUUCAUGCCAGUCGUCCAUUGCCCAACAUCCCCCGUGCAUUUAGUGAGAGACCCGGCUUUCGGGACUGUAUUGUUUCUGCACCCCUUACUUACCUGCCCCGUCUGAGGUGGAGGGGCAUCAUGUGCUGCCUCGCAGCCUUGCGAGCUCUGGUCUGCACAACAGGCACUGCUGGUGUGUACUGAGAGUGUCCCCCGCAAACACCUGACCAUAUGUCAAAAAGCGACAGCGAGGGCGUAUCAGAGCUUUUGGUGUUGGUCGUGUUUCUUGGAAGCGGGAGAGAAGCGACACUUUUGCCAGUGUGUGCACAAAGAGGCCUGUUGGGAGUCAUUUUUCAAGGAGGGAGGAUGUGAUAACAGACGUUUUUGUCGGGUUUCCUAGAAACCCCAGGAGCAUUCAUUGUUAGUGAUGUCCAGUAGGUCCCUGCAACAGGGCUUCGGGGAACUGUUGAGCCUGGCUCAGCAUUUGCACAAACUGCAGUCAUUUUGUAUGUCCUUAUUUUAGGAUUUCUACGCACCUUGCCAUUUUUGCUGACAAAACCCUGGGCUUGGAAGGGAUGCUACUGCAUUGCUAGUCGGUCCUUGGGCAGGAACGCAGGCGGGAAGGCCAAAGCAAAAGUGGACAGAGCAAGUUUUGCAUGUGAAAUGAAACAAAUCAAAUGGUGUUUGUUCAGUCUACUGGGUUAUGCAUUGAAAGUGACCCAGAGCAAUAAAGCAUUCAUGUCUGGUUCUUGGUCACAUAGCAGUAGCUGUGUCUGUGGCCUCAAAAGAGAGAAAGCCUGGACUUCCCUUGGGUUUUGCAAUGCGUAAUGGCGUAAAUGCAAAGCAGUACUAUGAAUACUGCCAUAUGUUAGAUGGCGUUGUUGACAAAGAACCGUAAAACGGAAAUAUUGCAUUGUGGCAUAUAUGCAGACAUAGCUUCUUUCUCUCUUUUUUUAAUGUCCUUGGCUUGCAUCAAAAUGCAUCCCACUAUGUAUUGGGCAUUUACAAGCUUUGGCUGUGGAGAAAUGUGCUGCAUCUGUUUAUUUUGUUUUAUUCUUGUGAUGUAUUGUGUCUUCAUUUCUACGAGUCAUGCCAUAGUUUGGUGAAUGUCUCUCAUUUGGUCUGUCAAGUGCAGACGAAUUGUGGCCAUGUGCGUUUUGCAAGUUGUGCAUUUCAUCAGCUACAAGUACACCUGAGUGUGCUAUGCUUCAUGCAAUUUCAUAAGGAGCCCAUGAAAGUGCAUGUGUGUACAGUUACGUUGUCAGUUUGUGCUGCCAUUAUUACAUCUUUUAGAAAAUUGUAAAUUAUUGUGUUGGUUAGACAAGAAUGGCAAACUUAAUUUCCUAUAUAAGGGCAUGUUUUUUUUUUCGCUUUGUUUGCCACGCAGCAUACUUACUUGCCACGGCAUACGUGGCAUGCUUAGUGCAUUUGUUUUAUGUCAAAGAGCUGUUUCCAUUCAUGGGGCAUUACUUUUUUUUGGGGAGGGUGAGGGAAUAAUUUUUAAUCAAGACAUUCCAUUCUGCAUUGUGUUUAGAAGCUUGCAGUCAGGUUAUGUGCACAGCAGAUGUGAGACCACUGGUGGCUUUUCUUUUUUCUCGUGGUCGUGGUUUCUGGCCUGUAUUCUGCAAGGUGAUAUGGUUUUGUUGAUCAUCUGCCUCUGUUGAGACAGUUUGUCAGUAAUUCAAUCAAUUGUUUGAUGAUUGAGCUAGUCAGUGAUGCACUUAGGGGGAGCUGCUAUGUGCGUACGCACAUGGUACAGAGUAUUUUCAUGGGUCACUCUGCCAAAUAUCCUGCAAGGUAUGGGCCAAAAACUGCUGUGGAGGGUGGGCAGGCACUAAUUCACAGCCAAUCGGCGUGACUUUAAGAGACAUUAUUUUUUAUACCUGCAAGGAGCUGUGUUUUCAGAUGUAUAACCUGCCUGUGGUUGUUCUGGCCCUGCUUGUUUCAAACACACUACCUCUGAACUUUUUGCGAGAGCUGAAUGGUUGGCAGCCUUGCAAUUAUUGAUGUAUUACACAGCAUUUUUAGUGCUGCUCUAGGUGGAACUUAUUCUUUGGCAUCUGCACAUUGUGUAGAAGGGGCUGGGGUUGCUUUUCAGAUUUUCAAUAUCCCAUCCCGUACGGGUAGUAGCAGCAGUGCAGCAUGAGAAUGUGUCUCAAGCUAUGUGCAGGCACCUCAAACAACUGCUAUGCGCAGACCAUUGUGGACUCUGAAACAGAGUGCACAUGCUGCUGUUCUUUGGUGUUAUGUGCAUAACAGUGUGUUCUCAUUUGUUGUCUAGCAAUGUAGUGCCUUUUGUUUCCAGGAUUAUCCUCUUGUGCAGUUCAACUGCCAGCAGGUGCAGCAAAACCUUUAGAACCUCAGAUUAACAACUAAGGACCUCAUUUGAGCUUUGAAUUGCUACCUCGUCUAAGCAAAGCCUUUGCCUACUCUACUGGGCUGUUUGGUGGUUUUGAUGAGACCAUGCAGGGCAAUAUAUAUGAGCCUCUAUUUAAAGGCCAUGUGGGCAGGAUGCGUGUAAUUUUUGGAGAACUGCUUCUUUUGAAACUUUUACAUUUUGCUGGGUGACUGCAGCUCCCAUUGCAAACACAGCGCUUUCUGCUGCAUCUACCUCCAAAUAGACUGGCCGUCUAACUCCUUUUGUGGAGAGUAGACGUGGUUCCUAGAAGCUUGGCUUUGGCCACUGCUUUCUAACGCAGAUAUACCUCAAGCAACAUAACUACCCUCAUUUUGCAGGCGCAUUCUUGCCAGAUAGCUCAGGCAGCAAUCUCCUGAAAUACCUCAGGCACUGUAGUUUGUUGUGGGUUGGGUUGUGGAUGUUGUGGUACCUCUCAGCAGCCAUUAACCACUGUGUAUGUGUGCGUGUGUGUGUGUGUAUACGUGUUUCCCCUGUGCCAAUGACAUGGCCCCAGAGGUCGUGCACUUGUUAGCCUGUCGUGUUGUUUGUGGGGCCUUCCUGCCGGGGAGCGCGUACGGGUGGGCCAAAGCAACCGCACUACCUCUCAUAGCUAUUGGCGGGGACUGCAGUCACCCAGCAUCCACAGUGUGCCCUCUGUGGUGUGAUUUCUGCUGUGACCUUUGAAGUGUGCCCAGCUGUGUGCCGUCGACCGGGGUGGUUGGCUGGGCGGUGUCCCCAGGAGUGGAGAGCCAAGCUUCCGCUGCCUGGGGUGUCGCUCCUCAGAGGGAAAAGGGGGGGCUCUAGCACCUCCUCGUUCUCUGUCCACCUAGCAGCUGACCAUCAGUGUCUUCCAGCAGAAAAAACAUGUUUGUCUUGUUGCUGUUAGCGUGAUGUAGAGGCAAGGAAAUCACCCGUAACGCAUAUCACACAGUGGAAAAGUGUACAAGACAGGAGCAAUAAUUGUGUUAACAUUCAAUGGAAAUCAGUGUUGCGUGUUUGUUUGUAUAUUAAGAGCAGUCAAACUGCUGUAAUUGUCGUCUUAGCUGAGCAGCCCCUGCAGACUGGGAGAUGGAGAGCCUGCUUUCCCCUUUUUCCAUCACCUGCCUGCCCUUCUUUCUCCUCUGCCUCAGGCACUGUCCCUCUGGACAGCCAGAACGACUUCCCAUUUUGUAGCACGUCGGGUGGGACGUUAAAACCACAUGCGACCAGCUUUUGUACGACUCUCUCUCCCUGCCAUUUUUGCACUCAAGGAUGAUCCACACACUGUGCACCGGCUUUGGCAACUGGUGGAGCAGAUACUUGAGCACUUGAGUUUGUCCUGCUCAUGACUCUCCCACUCUGUCAGUGGGUGGCCGUGUCGUAGUUUUUUGCUGUUGUCAUGCUGUCAGUGUUGGGUGUGCGUUGUUUCUCCAAAUUGCCUUGGUUGUUGCUUUCUACCCUAACAACCGAAAGCCACAGGGCUGUCUCUAGCCUUGCGGCACUUCUGGGGCCUUGCCCCAAGUAUUGGCACUGUCCUGUGCUGUGGCACCUCUGGUCCCUGGUUUGGCUGUGCAUUGUGGCUUUGUGUCACGGUAAAAUACAUUGUGUGCCAUGGGUAAAUGGCAAAACAUUGCUGAUGGCAGCUUGUUUGCAGAAAAGUAGGUAGGGUGCACGGAGAAAUUGGGUGAAGUAACAUACCACGCACGCUACCAAUUGCAUAAUCUGCCAUUACAUGUGCAACCUGCAUGCACGAAUGCAAAUUUUGAGUUUCGGCUACAGGAAUGAAAGUCUGUAAAGGAAUUGCAUAGACAAAUAUUGCACGUGUAAUUUGUAAGCUCAUUUGCUCUACAGGAAUGCACGAAUAACAAAUGAUUAGUACUGCAAUGCUUUGCCUUUUUCCACUGGAACACCUGGAGGAGUUUGCAACUACUUUGCAUUACCAGUAGCCAGUAGUUGUGUGGCUAAUGGUUGUUCAGUUGUCAAAGGGCAUAUGCUGUCAAACAGUUGCCCAAAUGGCCAAUGCUGCUCCAUGCACAGCACCAUAAUGUUCUAUUUGGCUAGGAAAGAACAAGUUGGUUCCGCAUGAUGCUGGGUUGCAUAGGCAGCCCUUGCCAGUUUACUGAUCAGUGUUGUCGCCAAACUUUGCAGCUGCCCCCUUUUUCUUUGUAGGGUCAUGAAAAAAGAAACUAUGCAGAGGUGAUGAGUCUUUACACAGCCAGUGACUCGGUCAUACUUAAAAAGAAAAAUGGUUUUUGUUUGAUGGAUAAGCAAUAUUUGCUCCCCACUGAUGGAGAUCUGUAAUUUUGCUUUGUACAAAUAAUCAAGUGCUCUAUGUUGAAAUAAAGGAUUUUAAUGAUGUA